AUGGAGGAUUUGAAAUUAACAGAAGACCCAAGUGUAACCUCAGAUGUUACUGGCAAUGUUGAAACUAUAAUAAAGCCUAAGUUGCAUCAACCACAAGCAAUACCAACAAAACUAGAGAAUAAUGAAGCAAUUCAACAAUCUCUACACGAAGAUUCAACUGAAAAUGGGAAAAUUUAUCUGGAUGACACUUUUUUGCCCUCCAGUUUAUCAAACACUCAAGCAGAAGAAACACAAGAUUCUUCUUCCUCUUCUACUACUCCUACUUUUGUUUCUGAGAUUGUUCUGCCUCGUGUAAAGAUCAAGAACGGAGCAGAGGGCACAACAAGAAAUGGUGUGUCUCCAAGAUCUUUGUCUUCCCCAAGAAGCAUUGGAUCUCCAAGAGCACUCGUGUCUCCAAGAUUUGGAGUAUCAUCACCAUUGAGCAAUGGAACACCGAAAACUAAACAUUCUUAUAAAGACUCGAUUGAUACAGCAUCACCUUUUGAAUCUGUUAAAGAAGCUGUCUCCAAAUUUGGGGGAAUCACUGAUUGGAAAGCACAUAGAAUGCAAGUAUUAGAGCGACGCAAUUUUGUGGAACAAGAGCUAGAAAAGAUCAUGGAGGAGAUUCCUGAGUACAAGAAAAAAUCAGAGACGGUAGAGAUGUCAAAACUGCUAGCGGUUGAGGAGCUAGAGAGCACAAAGAGGCUCAUAGAAGAGUUAAGGCUUAACCUUGAAAAGGCGGAAACAGAAGAAAAACAGGCAAAACAGGACUCAGAGCUUGCAAAGCUGAGAGUUGAGGAGAUGGAACAAGGAAUUGCUGAUGAAGCUAGCGUUGCAGCUAAAGCACAGCUUGAAGUGGCUAAAGCCAGACAUACAUCUGCGAUUUCAGAGCUGGAAUCUGUCAAGGAAGAAGUACAAACUCUGCAAAAGGAGUAUGAUGUCUUGGUAAAAGAAAAGGAGUUGGCUGUGAAGGAAGCCGAAGAAGCAGUUUUGGCUUCUAAAGAAGUUGAGAGGAAAGUUGAAGAACUCACUAUAGAGUUGAUAGCCACAAAGGAGUCACUGGAAUGUGCGCAUUCUUCUCACUUGGAGGCGGAAGAACAUAAAAUUGGAGCAGCCAUGGCGCGUGAUCAGGAAACUCACCGGUGGGAGAAGCAACUAAAGAAAGCAGAGGAAGAGCUUCAAAGACUUAAGCAACAUAUAGUUUCUACUAAGGAGCUAAAAGAGAAACUUGACUUUGCUUCAGCAUUGCUACUUGAUUUGAAGAAAGAAUUGGCAGAUCAUAUGGAAUCAUCCAAGUUGAAGGAGGGAAACGUAGCUAACAGUGAGAUCUUAUUACAGGAAAAAUCCCAUACAGAUAUACAAACAGCUGUUGCUUCUGCAAAGAAGGAACUCGAAGAAGUGAAUCUGAACAUCGAGAAAGCAACUUCUGAAGUGGAAUCCUUAAAGGUAGCAUCGUCUUCCUUGAGACAGGAACUUGAGAAAGAGAAAACAGUACUUGACUCAAUCAAACAAAGAGAAGGGAUGGCAUCGAUAGUGGUUGCUUCUCUAGAUGCUGAGAUCGACAUUACGAGGACCGAAAUAGCUCUUGUUGAGUCCAAGGAAAAAGAAGCUAGAGAGGUAAUGGAAGAGCUACCUAAGCAACUUCAGCAAGCAGCGCAAGAGGCUGAUGAAGCGAAAUCAUUCGCUGAACUUGCUCGUGAAGAGCUGCGAAAGUCUCAAGAAGAAGCAGAGGAAGCAAAUAUUGGAGCAAAUACAAUGGAGAGCAGAUUGUUUGCAGCUCAGAAAGAAAUUGAGGCUGCUAAAGCUUCAGAGAGAUUGGCAUUAGCCGCUAUCAAGGCUUUGCAAGAGAGCGAGUCUGCUUUGAAGGAGAAUAAUGUUGAUUCUCCAAGAAGCGUAACACUGACAUUAGAGGAGUACUAUGAGCUUAGCAAGCGUGCUCAUGAGGCUGAAGAAGAAGCCAACGCAAAGGUUGCUGCAGCGGUUUCUGAGAUCGAGGAAGCCAAAGAAACAGAGAAGAGGAGCUUGGAGAAGUUGGAAGAAGUAAACAAAGAGAUGGUUGCGAGAAAGGAAACACUUGGAGAAGCUGUUGAGAAGGCGGAGAAGGCUAAAGAAGGGAAGUUAGGUGUAGAACAAGAGCUGAGAAAAUGGAGGGAAGAACACGAAGUAAAGAGAAAGAAUGGUGAUAAUGGAGUGAACAUAGAGAAAAUUCAGGGAAGAAGCUUAGAAGGUUCGAAGGAAGAAGAAGCUGAGUCUAAUGAGUCUCACGGAACAGAGACAAACCCAAUUCCACAGGCAAAUCCUGGAAAGAAAAAGAAGAAAUUUUUCCCAAGAUUUUUUAUGUUCUUGAUGAAGAAGAAGUCACAUAAGUGA